AGACCACGAAUCCGAUCAUCCGAUGGACAGUUGGUACUUGGUUGGGGCAGCCUGUGGUUUUGGGGUGUCGCGAAACAAACGAAAACUGAAAAGCACUGAAAAGUCUUCUUCGGUUUUUCAGGGAAAUACUUGAUUUUGAUUUCAACUCCUGUGUAAUAAUCAUAUAAACAAUGUCUUUCACACUACGAUUGUUGAGGAAUGUAUCAAGGAAGAUCCAAAUACGCUCUUAUGCUGCCGAAGCUGCUGCACCAAAAGAGGGAGAAAUGGCACUCACAUUUGCUGCAGGCAACAAGGUUUUCUUUGAUAAGCAAGUUGUGAAGCAAGUUGAUGUACCCUCAUUCAGUGGGGCUUUUGGUAUUUUGCCCCAGCAUGUCCCAACUUUAGCUGUUCUGAAACCUGGUGUUGUCACAGUGACUGAAAAUGAUGGUAAACAGAGCAAGAUAUUCGUAUCCUCAGGCACAAUCACUGUAAAUGAUGAUUCAUCAGUACAGGUCCUCGCUGAAGAGGCGCACCCCGUAGAGAGCCUGGACCGCGCGGCGGCGCAGGAAGCACUCAACAAGGCGCAGUCGGAAUUCAACUCCGCAGCCAAUGAACAGGCCAAAGCCGAGGCUGCGAUUGCUGUCGAGGUCGCUGAAGAAAUCGUGAAAGCCGCAUCGGCGUAGUUUUCUGCCAGUGUCACCAACUUAGCUUAACAAGUAACAACUAUUUAAUGAUAAACUUAUGUAUUUGAAGGAGAAUAAACAUGUUGAUAUAGAGUA